AUGAAUACAUUACAAACAUUAUUACUGCUUGUGACUUCAAUAUCAAUCACCUCAUCUGGAUUAAAGAUCGAGCCACUAGAGGAACUAGAAGGUUUGCGAUUUGAAGAAAUUGGGAAAUUAAAAUUAAUCACCAGCUACGUGAAGUUGACCUUCGAUGUUGACAUCAAAAGUAUCGAUACUUUGAUAUUUAAUCAAACUAGAAAUUUAGACAUAAUCAAAGAAUUUUAUGGGAAGGACGAGAAAUCUAACGAAAAUCGAUUAAACGAAAUCGAUAGGCUUAGAACAAAUUUAGCUCUAAGGAAAUUAGAGCUUCAAGAUGUUCUGUAUGGCCUAAUAGCACCUCCUGAGAGGAACGAGAAUAGAAGAAAGAAGCGAGGGUUCACAUUUUUCGACAGUCUUAGUACUGAAGAUGGACGAAAGAUUGAGAUGGAUCUGAACCUCCUUAAGAACACAAUAAACAAGAUGAUCGAUGCACACGGUGGAUUAAAAGGGCACGUCAUAAAUGCAACAGAACUGUUAAAUGACACAAUUGAUGAGCUUGGUAGAAGGGCGCAAAUAUCAACCGCAUUAUCGGUAAAUGACGAAGUCGAUAGGAAAGUCAAUGCCAUCAUAAAAAUGCUGUCAAAAGAGAGAUUAAGCGGUGACAUCAUCACAAUUUCGGAAUUCUAUGAGAAUAUCAAAAAUAUAACGGGAAUGCUUGAUACUAAUGAAGAGCUACCAUAUCGUAAGAUGGCCGAAUAUUAUUACAACCUACGAGUUAGUCAUCAAGUAUUUGGCACCACCCUCAAGCUAGAAAUGGACAUACCAUUUGUUGAAAAAACUCCUCGAACACUUUACAAGAUUAUGGAGUUUCCAGCACGAUUCGGAGACAAAUUAAUUCUAACUGAUGUCGUUUGGAAAUAUGUAGCAAUUAACUCAAAUGAGUCUAUGAUGCUCGAGAGCUUAGAUCCAUGCUACAAAUCAUCCAAUUCCGUCUUUUAUUGUGAAACACAAAGCCCGCUGCAAAGCAUUAGCAAAUCAGAUGACUGUGUGACGAAAGCAUUAAUGAGUAAUACAAUCGAUGUAGAGCUUUGCAAAAUUGAUACUGUAAAAUCUUCGUUUCUCACAUUCAUACGACUGAGCGAUGGACAGUAUUUUUACUACACUCCGACAAAUGAGACGCUUAAUGUAACGUGUAAGGCAAAAACCACUAUUGAAUUUUUAAAUGCAAGUUCGUCUGGAAUACUUGAAUUGGAUCCUGAGUGUAGAGUCUUAACAAGUGGAUAUAAAUUAUUAAAGUCAGUGAAAUAUCAGCAAUCGCCAUAUAAGAAGCAAAAUAUUUUGUGUGUAUCGUUUGAUGUGGAAGAAGUCUUAAAAAAUAUCAAAAAGUUUAACACAACAAUUGUGGAUAAUUUUUACGUUGACAGUUUAAGCAAAAUUAGAGAAAUGUCUAAAGCAAUACCAGAUCCACCAGAAAAAAUCAAGGAUUUACAAUUCAUCGCAUCAUUUGGGAACUUUGAGAUCCUACAAUACCUGCUGAUGAUAGUUUUAGCCAUAUUUAUUAUUCAUGUAGUUUAUAAAACUUAUAUGUGGUGUCUACAAAGAUUAAAGUGCCUAAAUAGUCCCAGGAAGGAUGAGUGUAAAAAAACUUUUUGUGAUGUUUGA